AUGGGGAGCGGCCAGCUCCAUUAUUCUGUGUCAGAGGAAUCCCAGCAUGGCACCUUUGUGGGCCGCAUCGCCCAGGACCUGGGGCUGGAGGUGGGAGAGCUGGUGCCUCGGCUGUUCCGAAUGGUGUCCAAAGGACAGGAGGAGUAUUUUGAGGUAAAUGUACAGAAUGGGAUUUUAUUUGUGAAUUCCCGGAUAGACAGGGAGGAGUUGUGUGACAGGAGCGCUGUGUGUGUUAUUCACCUGGAGGCCCUUGUAGAUAAACCCCUGAAGGUUUUCCACGUGGAAGUGGAGAUCACCGACAUAAAUGACAAUGCCCCCAUUUUCCCUGUAACAGAAAAGCAAUUUACUAUUGCAGAGUCUAGCUCUCGUGAUUCACGUUUUCCUCUAGAGGGAGCCUCUGAUGCAGACAUCAGUGCAAAUUCGCUACUUAGCUACAGACUUAGCACAAAUCCACAUUUCAGUCUAGAGACAAUAGAAAAUCAUGAACGUGGUGCAUCUUUAUUCCUUGUUUUAAACAAACCUCUUGAUAGAGAAGAAUGUGCAGCUCACCAUCUUUUACUCACAGCAGUUGAUGGAGGCCAGCCCCAGCUCACUGGCACCGUCCAGCUGGUAAUCAAAGUGCUGGACGCAAAUGACAAUCCUCCUGUAUUUAACCAGUCAGUUUAUAAAGUCCAUUUAUUAGAAAACUCAGAGAAUGGGCUAUUAGUAAUUAAGCUAAAUGCUACCGAUUUAGAUGAGGGAACAAAUAAGGAGAUCACAUAUACAUCAAGUACUUUUUCUCCUGCAAAUGGAAAAGAAAAGUUCGUACUUGAUCAAAAGACUGGUGAGAUUCACGUGAAAGGAAAUCUGGAUUUUGAAGAAAAGAAUUUUUAUGAAAUACAAGUUGAGGCUAAAGACACGGGGAAUCCCCCAUUAUCAGGGCAUUGCAAAGUUUUGAUUGAGGUUCUAGAUGUAAAUGAUAAUGCACCUGAAAUUUCAGUGAUGUCUCUGCUGGUACCCGUUCCAGAGGACUCCCCUCUGGGGAUGGUGGUGGCCCUGAUAAGCAUAUCAGACAGGGAUAUUGAUGCCAAUGGACAAGUGAGCACUUCCUUAUGGCCACAUGGAACCCCCUUCAAGCUACUUUCCACCUUCAAGAAUUACCAUUCACUGUUGCUAGCUCAGCCCCUGGAUAGGGAACAAGAGGCUGAGUAUAGGCUGGUAGUGACUGCCCAGGAUCAAGGGACUCCAUCACUGUCAGCCAGCAGCACCUUGGUGGUGCCCAUCAGUGAUGUGAAUGACAACGCACCUGCUUUUGCGCAGCCCUCCUACACAGUCUUUGUGAAGGAGAACAACCCACCAGGUGCUCACAUCUUCACGGUGUCUGCUUCGACCCAGAUGUGGCUGAGAACAGCCUGAUCAGCUACUGGCUGGACGAGAAGCUCUGGCCCCUGUCGAGCUACAUCUCGGUGCACUCAGAGAGUGGGAAGCUCUAUGCUCUUCAGCCCUUGGACUAUGAGGAGG